UGAUAGGAAGGUGGCUGCGCGAGGUCAGGAGCUUGGAAAGGGAUGAAGAGACCACAGAACGCCUACAUGUUACUCUCUAGAAACUCGGUUUUAGUUCCGGUAAUCGGCUCACCUGGCCCCAACUUCUAACUUAUAAUACUUGAGAACAUAGAGAAGAAUUUGCGGCCACGCUCAAAAUGGCGGACACUUGGAGCCGGGGACGCAAGCGACGCAAGCGGAAGCGGAAAUUGACACUCCCCCCGUUUCACCAUGGGCAAGAAGGGCAAAGUCGGGAAGAGCCGGCGAGACAAGUUCUAUCACCUGGCGAAGGAGACCGGUUACCGCUCCCGCUCUGCUUUCAAGCUGAUCCAGUUGAAUCGCCGCUUUCAGUUCCUGCAGAAAGCGCGAGCCUUGCUGGACCUGUGUGCUGCCCCAGGGGGAUGGCUGCAGGUGGCUGCUAAGUUUAUGCCUGUAUCCAGCCUUAUUGUAGGAGUGGACCUGGUUCCAAUCAAGCCUCUUCCCAAUGUGGUGACACUCCAGGAGGACAUCACAACAGAACGGUGUAGGCAGGCCCUGAGAAAGGAACUGAAGACCUGGAAGGUUGAUGUUGUGCUCAAUGAUGGGGCCCCCAACGUUGGGGCUAGCUGGGUCCAUGAUGCUUACUCACAAGCCCAUUUGACACUGAUGGCUCUGCGUCUGGCUUGUGAUUUUCUGGCCCGUGGAGGCUGCUUCAUCACGAAGGUUUUUCGUUCCCGAGACUAUCAGCCCCUACUCUGGAUCUUCCAGCAGCUCUUCCGCCGUGUCCAGGCCACUAAGCCCCAAGCUUCUCGCCAUGAAUCUGCAGAGAUCUUUGUCGUCUGCCAGGGAUUCCUGGCUCCUGACAAGGUUGACAGUAAAUUCUUUGACCCCAAGUUUGCCUUCAAGGAGAUCGAAGUUCAGGCCAAGACUGUUACUGAAUUGGUAACUAAGAAGAAGCCAAAGGCUGAAGGCUAUGCUGAGGGUGACCUCACGCUCUAUCACCGUACUUCAGUCACUGACUUCCUCCGAGCUGCCAACCCCGUUGACUUCCUCUCCAAAGCCAGUGAAAUUUCACUAGAUGAUGAAGAGUUGGCACAGCAUCCAGCUACCACUGAGGACAUCCGGGCAUGCUGUCAGGAUAUCAAAGUGCUGGGGCGCAAGGAACUUAGGUCCCUCCUGAACUGGAGAACAAAGCUCCGGCGAUACGUGGCCAAGAAGCUGAAAGAGCAAGCAAAGGCACUGGACAUCAGCCUCAGUUCAGGAGAGGAAGAGGACGACGAAGGGGGUGAGGAGUCUAAGGUUGGGACUGGGCAGCAGCCCUCUGAGGAUGAAGAGGAGGAACGAUUAAACCAGAGCCUGGCAGAGAUGAAGGCCCAGGAGGUGGCAGAAUUAAAGAGGAAGAAAAAGAAGCUGCUGCGUGAGCAGAGAAAACAGCGGGAGCGUGUGGAGCUGAAGAUGGAUCUUCCCGGGGUUUCUAUUGCAGAUGAGGGGGAGACUGGCAUGUUCUCCCUGCGCACCAUCCGGGGUCACCAGUUGUUAGAGGAGGUCACACAAGGGGAUAUGAGCGCUGCAGACACAUUUCUGUCUGAUCUGCCAAGAGACGACCUCUACGUAUCAGAUGUUGAGGAAGACGAUGACGAUGCAUCUCUGGAGAGUGACCUGGAUCCAGAGGAGCUGGCAGAGGUUGGAGGAUCUCCGUGUCUAAAGGACCAGAAGCGUGUACAAUUUGCUGAAGUAGAUGAAAAAGGAGGAGAAGAAGGGAAUCCACUGCUGGUACCAUUGGAGGAAAAGAUGAUACUGCAGGAAGAACAAGCCCGUCUGUGGUUCUCUAAGGAUGGCUUCAGAGGGAUUGAGGAGGAUGCUGAUGAGGCCCUGGAGCUCGGUCAGGCCCAGCUGUUGUAUGAGAGGCGUCGGAGGGGGCAACAGCAGCUGCCAUCCCCACCUUCCGGUUUAAAGAGUGAGAAGAAACCUCCCCAGCACCAAGAGGCGGGCCCUAAGCGGCCAGAGGCUCCAGCAGAGGCCAAGAAUGCCCCUGGGCCUGAUGAGGAAGGAGAGGGCAGCUCGGACAGCGACAGCAGCAGCAGCGAAGAGAGUUGGGAACCAAAGCACGGGAAGAAGCGAAGCCGUGGGCUUAAGUCCGAUGACGGGUUUGAGAUCGUGCCCAUCGAGGACCCAGUGAAACAUCAGAUACUAGAUCCUGAAGGCCUUGCCCUAGGUGCUAUCAUUGCCUCUUCCAAAAAGGCUAAGAGAGAUCUCAUAGAUGACUCCUUCAGCCGGUAUACAUUUAAUGAGGAGGAGGGGGAGCUUCCAGAGUGGUUUGUGCAAGAGGAAAAGCAGCACAGGAUCCGGCAGCUGCCUAUUGACAAGAAGGAGGUAGAACACUACCGCCGACGCUGGCGGGAAAUCAACGCACGUCCCAUCAAGAAAGUAGCCGAGGCGAAGGCCAGAAAGAAACGGAGGAUGCUGAAGAAGUUGGAGCAAACCAAGAAGAAGGCAGAGGCUGUGGUGAACACCGUGGACAUCUCAGAACGUGAGAAAGUGGCUCAGCUUCGGAGUCUCUACAAGAAGGCUGGGCUUGGCAAGGAGAAACGCCAAGUCACCUAUGUGGUAGCCAAAAAAGGUGUGGGCCGCAAAGUCCACCGGCCAGCUGGAGUCAGAGGCCAUUUCAAGGUGGUGGACUCAAGGAUGAAGAAGGACCAAAGGGCACAGCAAAGGAAAGAGCAGAAGAAAAAACACAGACGGAAGUGAGCAGAGCCAUGGGGUCCUCUGAGAAGACAGUGUGAGGACAUGGAGGUGUGAUUCCAGCCCCCACCCCAUACCAGCUGCAGGCUGGCUUGCAUUGUAGUCUGCUGGAAAGACAGGUGGGGUGCCUAGAACUCUCACGGGGUGGUCCUGAGUGUUGAAGGAAGGUCUCUGACAUGUCCUGUUGGUGCUGUAGCAGAGCCCCUAGCUCCUCUGUUAGGAAUGUGGAGUACUAGACGAACAGUCUCCUAGGGGGAAGGUCAGUGUCCGAGUGGCAUUCACUCUAUUUCUGGGCAAGCCAGCCUCUCAGGUCUUCCCCCAUCCUCUUCUAUUAUCUGAAUAAAACCAGGGUAUUAUCUUUUCUGACAUUUAGUUCCCACUAAGUGCUAACUCAAACAUCUGGGUGUUCACACCAUGUACUGCACAGUUAUAAAUCAUAGUAUGUACUCACUGUGAAGUAGAAAUGACAAACAAUCCACAGGUCCCAGUAGUAAAACAUUUACUAGAGCAAGCAGAAAGGAAUGCACAUCUUAAAGAAACCUUCACAAAGUCACAAAAUUCGAAGUAUGUAUAUUUCCUUUUAUAAACAAGAUAGAACAAAAAUCAUCAAAAUCAUUUCAGCAAAAGAUUUUCUACCAUUGUGGCAAGUUAAAAAAAAAAAAUACAAUGAAAUAGAAGACACUUUAAAAGCUGUCGUUUUUGUUUUUUUCAAUUUAGCAA